AUGGCGUCUGAAGUAACAUUAGUUGCUCCGGGAGCUUCUUCAUCCAGUUACAAUUUCGGCCCACGGGUUGAUAAUCUUGGCCCGGGAACUCUUCCCUCGGCUGCAGUUGUGAUACACGAAGGCCAGGCUAAGAAGAAAAGAGGUCGGCCAAGAAAGUAUGCGCCUGAAGGGCCCACGAGCAUGCCCUUCUCGCCUUCCUCGUCAGCUCCACCCGUACCCACCAAAUCACGUGUGGCGGAGAAAAAAAUGAGUCUUGAACGCCCGAUCAAUUCCGAGAGGAAGUAUAGGAAUAAAGUUGGAGCAGAAAAAUUAGAUGAUUGGGACGAUUGUUUAACGGGUUCAAGUUUUUUGCCGCACGUGAUUACUGUGAAUGCUGGCGAGGACAUCUCGGCAAAGAUAGUGGAAUUCUCUCAACGUGGGCCGCGUAGUGUUUGCGUGUUAUGUGGCAAUGGGACAGUUUCAAGUAUAACAAUCAGACAUCCUAAUUCAUCUGGAGGCACUUGUACUUAUGAGGGUCUAUUUGAAAUUCUUUCUUUCACUGGAUCGUUUAAUCCGAUCGAGAUAGAAGACUCCAAGUUCGGGAGGUGUGGCACAAUGGCCAUUAGUUUGGCGGGAGCUGAUGGUCGUGUAAUUGGAGGUUUCAUUGGCGGGCACACGAUAGCCGCUUCCCCUAUAAAGGUGAUUGUUGCUAGUUUUCUGCUGGGUGAGACUUACCCUGUCCUAAAACCAAAUAAGCAGAAAAUGGAAAUCCCAUUUGCGCCCGACAGGUCGGGCCCAAGUGGUCCCCCAGGCCCAUCUGUCAAUUUCGACAAGCGAGUCAUAAGUUUUGGCAAUGCAUCACAAGGGCCCAGCCGUGAAAGCCCGAACACCAAUUGGGAGCCCACACAAGUUACAGAGAGACCGAGAAAAUCGACUGCAGACAUUAAUAUAUCCUUGCAGGGGUAG